GGUUAUUGGAAGUGCCAAAAUUGCACAGAAAAUAUAAAGCAGAAGCUGAGAAAUCUGCAAAACUACUUAAGGUUUUUAAUCAAUAUGGACGGUUCGGAUUGGGACGGGUCAUACAUCACAAACACAUCAACCUUAUUAUGGAACAACCAUCAAGUACAUGAUCUUGAAGAAAGGUUGUUGGUGUCGAGGUCAGGUCCCAGUGCUUUCAUUCCAAUCCGAGAGUUCCAAAAGGUCCAAACAUCGCAUGCGAUCAUGAACUCAACUACCGAAAGAGCGAGCAAUAGUGCUCAAAUUGUUCAUCAGCAAAAUCCCUAUUUGCUGGACUCAGUGCAUGCUAUGCCAACUUUGAGAGCUGAUCAAUUUUGUCAAGCCCCUUUGAUGAUCAACAAGCCUAAUUAUAAUUUGAUGGGUUCACCGAGCACUACUGGUAUUUUCAUGGCUGCUGAUCAUUAUGGAGAUACUGGGAAACAUGUACAAACACAAGUCAUUCAUGGCUUACAAGAUCAUGGCAGGGCUAAGCCAGCAACGACACGCUCCGUUGAGUCCUUGGAUUGCUUGCUCUCAGGUACUAAUAGCAACACUGACACAUCUGUGGAAGAUGAUGAUGGAAUUUCUAUGCUUUUCUCGGAUUGCAGAAGAAACUUAUGGAACUUUGGAGCAGGCAAUAAUAGUGCAAUCUCAUCCGGAGAGUCUGAGAACAACGAAACAGUAGUCUCUCAAAGUUCAUCAGAUUUAUAUGUCCAAAGUCAGGGUAAAAAACAUUCCACAAAGAGAAGCCAUGAUCAAAGUGAGCUACAUGGAGCCAAUCAUAGUCACUUCGGUCUUCUUCAAACAGAUUCUUCUACUACGGAAGGUGGUUUUCGUCUCAUCUCCGAAAACCCACCAAACCCGAAGAAGCCCAGAUCAGAUAAGCGUCCAAGCUCAUCCAACAUCAACUUUCAACAGCCAAGUUCAUCUGUAUCAGCUUCCUCUAUUGAAGAGCCUGAUCCAGAGGUCAUUGCACAAAUGAAAGAGAUGAUUUAUCGUGCUGCGGCUUUUAGGCCUGUGAACUUGGGGAUGGACAUGGUUGAAAGGCCAAAGAGGAAGAAUGUUAAGAUCUCAUCUGACCCACAGACCGUGGCUGCAAGGCAAAGGAGAGAGAGGAUCAGUGAGAGAAUUAGGGUUUUGCAGAGGCUGGUUCCUGGUGGAAGCAAGAUGGACACUGCAUCUAUGCUUGAUGAGGCUGCCAAUUAUCUCAAGUUCUUGAGGUCACAGGUGAAGGCACUUGAAAAUUUAGGCCAAAAAAUUGAGUCCAUGAGUAAUUCCAAUAUUCCUCCUACAAGCUUUGCUUUCUCUUUCAACCCCUCUUUUCCCAUGCAAACCCAUCAUCAUGUCCCACUCCACAACUCUAAUCAUAUCCACCAACCCCACAGUUGAAAAACUAAACCAAGACCAUAAAAGAAGCCCUAACCCAAGGUGCUUUGUCCUUUAAUCAUUCUCAUCAUCAUCAUCAUUUCAUCCCCAAUGAUUAACUUCGAAAAAAAAAAAAUUUAAAGUAGCAAAUUUUAUAUCCAAGAUCCAAAUCAUUCUCUUCAUCAUUACAUGUAAUCCUGAGUUAUUAAGGCUCAUUCCAUGCCAUCAUAACACC